GGUACGUGACACAGUUGUUCGGGGAUUCAGGCAACAACCGUUAACUCCAAACACCACUGACACUAUAUCUUAGUUUUAGGACCGCCGAAUCUGACACACAGAUUUGUCGUCGGCCGCGAUGGAGGCGGUCCCCCGAAUGCCGAUGAUCUGGCUGGAUCUGAAGGAGGCCGGGGAGUUCCAGUUCAGCCCGUCCGUGAGGCAGUUCAUCCUGAAGAACUAUGGGGAGAACCCGGACAACUACAAUGAACAGUUGAAGAAACUGGAGACGCUCAGACAGAGUGCUGUGAAUGUGACGAGGGACUUUGAGGGCUGCAGCACACUGAGGAAGUAUUUUGGGCAGCUGCACUACCUCCAAAGUCGUGUGCCUCUGGGACCGGGUCAGGAGGCUGCCGUGCCCAUCUCAUGGACAGAGAUCUUCUCUGGAAAAACAGUCACCCACGAUGACAUCAGCUAUGAGCAAGCCUGCAUCCUGUAUAACCUUGGGGCCCUCCACUCCAUGCUGGGAGCCAUGGAUAACAGGGUGUCUGAGGAGGGGAUGAAGGUGUCUUGCACACACUUCCAAUGCUCAGCAGGGGCUUUCUCCUACCUGAGAGACCACUUCAGCCACAACUUCAGCGUAGACAUGAGUCACCAGAUACUGAACCUGAACAUCAAUCUAAUGCUGGGCCAGGCUCAGGAGUGUCUCUUAGAGAAGUCCAUGCUGGACAACAGGAAGAGCUUCCUGGUAGCCCGCAUCAGCGCCCAGGUGGUGGACUACUAUAAGGAAGCCUGCAGGGCCCUGGAGAACUCUGAGACCGCCUCUAUGCUGGGAAAGAUACAGAAAGACUGGAAGAAACUGGUCCAGAUGAAAAUCUACUACUUUGCUGCUAUUGCCCAUCUCCAUAUGGGGAAACAAGCAGAGGAGCAGCAGAAGUUUGGAGAGCGGCUAGCAUACCUUCAGAGCUCCCUGGACAAACUCAAUGAAGCUAUCAAGCUAGCCAAGGGUCAACCUGACAGUGUCCAAGAGGCCUUAAAAUUCUCCAUGGAUGUUAUCGGGGGAAAGUUCAGCUCUGCAAAAAAGGACAACGACUUCAUCUACCACGAGUCUGUCCCCUCUUUGGAGAACCUGACCUCAGUCAAAGGUGCACCCUUGGUGAAGGCCCUGCCAGUCAACCCCACCGACCCCAGUGUCACCGGACCGGACCUGUUUGCCAAGCUGGUGCCCAUGGCUGCCCAUGAGGCUUCCUCCCUCUACAGCGAGGAGAAAGCCAAGUUGCUGAGAGAUGUCGUGGCCAAGAUGGAGAGCAAGAACGAGACUUUGGAGCAGUUUAUGGACUCCCUGGGCCUUGAGCCGGAGUCUGUGGACAAUCUAGACAUGUACGCUCAUAUCCCCACUGUUCUGAUGGAGAAGUGUGCCGCCCUCAGUGUCCGGCCAGACACUGUCAAGAGCCUCAUCCAGUCCAUGCAGGUCCUCUCAGGCGUCUUCACCGAUGUAGAAGCUUCUCUGAAGGAGAUCCGAGAUGUCUUGGAGGAAGAUGAGGCAGGUGUGCAGGCCCUCCAGGAGGUGGCUGGGCCUACAGCUGCAGCCGAGGUCCACCCGCAAGCCCAGGCUCCAGCUCUAGCUGAGAUCCGCAGGGACCUCGAGAAAUAUAUGGAGGCCCAUGAGAAGGCCAGCUUCACCAACACCGAGCUCCACCGUGCUAUGAAUCUGCACAUCAGCAACCUGCGCCUGCUAGGAGGGCCCCUGGACAGCCUGAGAGAGGCUCUCCCCAGACCCCAACUCGCUGAAGAGGAGGUAGCAGGGCUGCAGUGUAUGAAGCGCAUCCUUGGGAAGGUACAGGAAAUGAGGGAGCAGAGGAGCUCUCUAGAAAAGCAGCUCCGUGACCUCAUCCAUCAGGAUGACAUCACCUCUGCCCUCGUCACCACCGACCGAGCUGACAUGAAGCGCUUGUUUGAGGAGCAGCUGAAGAAGUACGAGCAGGUCAAGGUGUACAUCGACCAGAACUUAGCAGCCCAGGAGAACAUUCUGAAGGCCCUGACCGAGGCUAACGUCCAGUAUGCCUCGGUCCGCAAAGGCCUUAGUCAGACAGAACAGCAGUGGAACACCACUGUCCAGACUCUGGUGGCCUCCUACGAAGCCUAUGAGGACCUGAUGAAGAAGUCGCAGGAGGGAAAGGAGUUUUACGAUGACCUGGAGGCCAAGGCAUCUCAUCUGCUGGAGAGGGCCAAGACCUUGUGUCAGAGCAGGGCUGAGGAGAGGAAGGCCAUUCUGGACAGGGAGACCCAGAAAAAGCCCCCAGCACGUCCCACUGCAGCCAAGCCUUCCCUGCAGCCAAAGGGCUCAGAUGCUGACUCAGCCUGCUCCAGCCUGGAAGACCCAGAGCUGGCCCAGCUCAGUGCAGCCAUCCUGGCGCUUGGAGGAGAUCUUCCCGAGGAGCUGCGCAGUCUGCCCCCUAACAUUCCUUCUCUCCCCACCAGCAUAGCUCGUCUGCCUGGCCCUGAAGCAUUUCUUCCACCUGGUGCCAACCUGGGUGGCAGCACUUCUCUGCCCUGGCCUGGAGCUCCAGUGGCUGGUCUCCAUGGCCCCCAUCGCUUCCCUGUCAACCUGCCCCCACCAGAACUCUUAGCACGUAUCGCUCAGUUUCCUACCUCUGGGGCACUGACGACACAAGGACCUCUGCCCCGUGGACCACUCCCGCAGAUUCCUCCUCAGAUGCCCCCCCAAAUUUCCGCCCAAGCAUCAGUGUCAGGAUACAGGCCACCUCCUCCUCAGGCCCCUCAGGCUUGUCCUGUUGCUCCUACACCAGUCCGCCUCUCCACCACCACUGUUGACAGCAUCCAGACACCUAUCCCCAGCUACACUCCCACCCCACGCCACCCUGUACCCCCACCUGCAGCAUCUAACAGAUACUCCGUGCCCGCACAAAUGGGAGCCUGCCCCCAGUUUAUGUCCCAACCAGGGAUGCCCAUGCCAGGCCCAACCCAAGUCCCUCCACCACAGCAGCACCAGUACCCCCAGCCUACAGGGCAGCGGCUGCCCCAGGGGUACCAGGCUGCCCCCAGGGCUUUGCCAGGCCCUCACCAUCCUCUCCAGACCCAGCAGGGUUAUCCACCUGGAUACAUCCCUCACCAGAGACCAGGCAUGACUUCCCAGUACCAGCAGACGUUCCCUGGUCAACCUCAGCUCCAUACCCAACAGGGCUACCAGCCACAGCCACAGAUACCCCAAGGUUAUCAGCCCUCGCCAGGCUACCUACCCCAGCAGCAUCCCCAAAUGAUGCCAGGCUCCAUGCCAAGGCCAUCCCAGGGUCAGAUGCCUCCUCACAGUGCACACCCUCAAAUGCCCCCCACUUCUCAGCCCAUGCCUCCUGCAUCACAGCCCUACCACCACUCUGCCAACCAACAAGUUCCCCAGGGCAUCCCUCAUCAACAGAUGGUGCCACAACAGCAACAGAUCCCAAUGAACCCCAGCAAACAGCAGAUACCCCCACAUCAGCAGAUGCCAACUGGCCCCAGACUGCAUAUCCCUCCAACCAGCCAGCCCUUGCCCUCUACCCUACAUCCACAGAUGCCUCCUGUCUCACAGCCUCAUAUGGGCCCUGGCGCUCAGACCCACCUACCAAGGGGCCCCAUGCCCCAGAUGCCCCCUAAUGCUCUGCCACCACACCACCACCCCAACCUUGGACAGCCCCCUAUGCCCCACAUGCCCCAGCAGCCUAUGCGAAUACCUAGCCAACCCCAGGCACAACCCCCUCACCCCGGGGCAGUAGUGUACCCAGGAGGGGCUCCAAUGAUGCCUCAGCAGCAGCAGCAGCCACUGGCUCCGCAACCUGUGCCUCCCCAACAACCUCAGGUUCCUCUACCCAUGACUCAUCCACAGCCCCCUCCAGUCUCCAACAUGUACCCUGUUGGCCCGGGAGCUAGCUUACCGUCAGGUGCCCCACAGCAACCAACUCCAAUGGGUCUGCAUUGUUCGCAAGUUCCCUCUGUCCAGCAUGUGAUCCAAUCCUCACCAGGGGGUCCUCCAGUUGCCCCAGCCCCCAACACCGUCCCUCCCUCCCCCUCUCCUUCCCCUGCCCCUUCUCCCUCUCCUGGCCCACCCUCUCUGGGGUUGACCCCCCAGCCCAGACCAUCCCCAGCACCCACCCCUGGAGGUGCUGCCCCUCCUCCUCUCCCCUCCCUCUUCCAGCGCCAGAACUCCAGCACAGAUGAUCUCCUCUCUUCCAGCCCAGAAAGCCAGCCCGGAGGCCCCAAGGCCCCAACCAAUGUUCUCCAACCCACCAAAGCUGACCCCCAAGAUGGGGAACGUCGUAAGAAGAACUCCCAGGGGGUUCUCCUGAUCCAAGGUGACCCAUACCAAGCCCCUGAGCGGGUUGCCCAACUUCACGGAGAGCUGGAACAUUACCGGGCCCAGGUAGAGUCCUUGGAGCACCCCUCUGAAAAUGAGGGUGGCCUGUCUGUACUGGAUGCCCGCUGGAAGGAGCUCCAAGACCAGCAGGAGAGGGAUGCCCGUCAGCUGUCGAUUGCCAUCGCACGAUGUUACACUAUGAAGAAUCGUCACCAGGAUGUCAUGCCAUACGAUGUUAACCGCGUAGUGCUGCGCUCUGGUAAAGAUGACUAUAUCAACGCCAGCUAUGUGGAGGAACUGUCACUUUACUGCCCACACCUUAUCGCCACGCAAGCCCCGCUCACCGGCACAGCAGCAGACUUCUGGCUCAUGGUGUACGAGCAGAAGGUAUCUCUGGUCAUCAUGCUGGUGUCAGAGCAAGAACUGGACAAGGGGAAGGUCCUGCGCUACUUUCCAACAGAGCGUGGACAGCAGCUCUCUCAAGGACCAAUCACGCUCACCCUGACCACACAGAAAACUACGCCCACCCACGUGGAGCGCAUGAUCAGCCUGCAGUACCGUGACCAGAGUCUCAAGCGCACCAUUGUGCACUUGCAGUUCACCUCCUGGCCCGAGCUGGGUCUUCCUGACAGCAAGAGCAACCUUCUGCAUUUUAUCCAGGAGGUCCAUGGACACUACCUCCACCAGAGGCCAUUACACACACCUAUCGUGGUUCACUGCAGCUCUGGUGUGGGCCGCACCGGCGCCUUCUGCCUGCUAUAUGCGGCACUGCAGGAGCUGGAGGCAGGAAAUGGGAUCCCGGACCUGCCAGCACUGGUGAUGAAGAUGAGACGGCAGAGGAAGAACAUGCUACAAGAGAAGCUGCACCUGAAGUUUUGCUAUGAGGCGGUGCUGAAGCAUGCUGAGCAGGUCCUCCAGCGCCACGGGAUCACCAACGCCACCUGCAGCAAGAACACUAAUACCGCAGCAGCCAAGCCUUACUCCAGACAGGAGUCCCAGCAAGACAUCGUCCUCGGGGGCGACAUGCCCAUUAGCUCCAUCCAGGCCACUAUUGCCAAGCUCAGCAUCCGGCCCCCCAGUGCCACAGACUCAGCCUUUGACUCUGAUGCCCCCUGUGGCCUGGAAGAGCAGGACGUCGCCACUCCACCUGAACUAUGUGUGGCUGGAGACUUCCAAGAGCCAUCUCCACCCAGUGAGCCCCUACCCCCCUCCACCUUCAAACUGCCCUUCUCCUCUCCCCCCACCUCACCUGCCAAGGUUUACUCCCCACCCCCCAAUGGCGUAGAUGCUGCAUCCCCCUCUUCACCCCAAGCCGCCAACCACCACCCGGUCCCAGAGGCUGAGGCCCCUCCCCCCUCUGUGCCAGCCCCCUCGUCCCUGGAGCUGUUGGCUUCUCUGACGCCCGAGGCCUUCUCCAUGGAGGGAGGAGGUAGGGGGAAGCAGCGCGUGACCAAGCAGAGCUUCCUGCAGCUGGCCGAGGGCCAGGGCCUCCACGGGGGGCAGGCCAAUGAAGGGGACGACCCCCUCAGCAGCCUUGAUCCCCUUUGGAGCCUCAACAAGAGCUGAGGGCCCCACGCAGAUGGCUAGGGCUUUGUUUUCUCUUCAUGUUCAUGGCCAGAGCCCAAACCGAUCCUUUUAACCUUUAGCACCCGGCCUGUAGCACUUCCUAGUCUCUAAAAAAAAAAAGAAGCUUAAUCGUGGAUAUUAUGUGGACUGCGGCUGACAGUUGAUUAGUUGCACCUAGUGCCUCGCUAUGAACAGUAGGUUGUUUGGAAGUUGGAGGAAAUCUUAAAACAUGUGCACAAUCUCACACAUUCCCCCGCCCCGCUGAUGGCCUGCGCUGCUGGGACCAAAUCACUGUGCACCUUUCUUUCUGUCGGUUCUGUCGCUUUUUGCUGCUUUCUCCCCCCCGUCGGUGAGAGAUGGAAUCAUAUCUGCACUUCCUGCCCCGAAAUACAACUGCUAGAGAGCCAAGUUCCCAGUAUGCAACGCUCCUGCUCUCACAGCUGUUCCAGGUUUGGACUAGGAUUCAUUUUUUUCCUUUCUUUGAUGACUGGAUGAUUGUUAUUGUGAGGUUAUGCACGUAGGCCACAUCCACUUGAGUCACCGUUAUGCUAACACAACAGAAUACAAAUCAGCACGUUUUAACAAGUUGAUUAUUUUCCUCUCGCCUGUAACACUGUAAAUAUCUUUAAGUAAAUAAAAAUUAGAACAUGGCAACUGUCCAUGUUUUUAGUAGUUUCUUUGCUUCUCGUCUCCACACUAUCAUACUUACGUAGCUCUGAUUAAAAAAAAAAAAAAUUA